AUGCCACGACAUCAGCCGACGCUCUAUACACACCCAGAGCAUGACGCAGAUGAUGAAGACGACGGCACUUGGUCAUCCAGGUCGCAACAGACACCGCCCUCGUCGUUGAAUACACAUUCCAAGCGGUCAAAGGGAAGGCAGAGGAGCGUGUUCUCCCCCGGUCCUAUACAACCAAGCACUCCACAGGCUUCAUCGUCAGCAUUUCCACAGCGACAUCCUAAUGUCUACAACCAAUUUGUGCGGCGGUAUAGAUCAGGCCCAGGACUCGAUGAUGACCCCAGGAACGACCCAGACAGCCAUUACUAUCAGCGAGGACUUGGCCAACUACUGGAUGCAGGGGACAGCGACGAUGAAGACAUUCGAGGUGCUUCUGGGUCAAGCGGCGAAACGGACCGCCUGUCCUCUCUUAUGCUCGAUAGCGAUCCAAUCGAACCGGAAACUCUAGAGGACAGAGAGCGGCUGGAAUGGCAGACGAUGCUUGCGUCCGUGCUCGCUGGAGACGUCCUUCGCACGGAGAAUACUCGUAUAGCAGUCGCGCUUAGGUCGACUCACGAAGAGGAGAACAACCCGCGCGCGAAUCUGUGGCUGGACCUACGUGCAAAAGUGCACGGGCGGUCCAUCGAGGACGAGCGGCGCAAGCUGGAGGAACGGCGGCUGCGGACGGUAGACCCUGUAAUCAAGGAGAUCAUGUCGUUCCGCGUUGUCGACCCGUCCCCAGGAUCUGGCGAGUCGCGCGCGACGCAUGCGCUACGCCAGGUCAACUCGGUCCUUCAUCGUCUUGAAGUCGCUCACUCGCUGUACCCGAGCUUGCGUGCGUUUUCUGCGGACAGCCCCGCUUCGAACGAAGAUGCGUUCCUGACGCGGUGCGACGUGCUCAACACUUGGUCGACCGUCAUCACGUCACUCCGCCAGCUCAUCAACCGGUUGCGCAAGUGGACCGGCAGCGACACUCUGGACGUGACGAAGCCGACGUCGGCCCCGUCUACGCCUUUCGGUACACAACAUGGUCAUGGUGAGAGCUCAAGCGGAAACCCAACCGGAACGACAUUUGUCGAUCGGUUACUCAAGGAAGAGUCGAUCCAGCGUCAGUUCGAGAAGGGUUCGAUGACGACAAUCCACGCUCUUGUCGGUACCACGCGCGAUGCCCACGUCAAUCUAGCGCCGAUGUUUGCAGAGAUGAACUUGCCUUCGUUCGAAAAGGAGCUUGUGCCGCUCGUCUCAUUCCUGACAAAUCUUGCACAGGCAGUCCUACGCGUACGGCUUGACUAUGCACAAAGGCUGAGGAACCCGGACGUUCUGAUCAUCGACCAGAUGACGGAGGAUCUGAAGGUGAAGAUCGGCUUUGCGUGCACGCUCAAGCGACAGUACGAAGCGUUCCUUAUCCCUGACCCCAAUGGAAACUGGAAGCUCCCGCCCUGCAUCAGCGAAGACUACGACUCUGUUAUCUUGGAGGCUCUAACAUUCUUUUUCAAGCUCAUACAUUGGAAGCUGAAGAGUGGCGCCAGGGGCAUCUAUUUCAAGGAGACUGACGUAAUUGAAGCACAGUGGGCGACAUUCAGCGAUGUGAGCCUGACAAUUCCCGGGGGCGCAUCUUUAGUCGCAGAGCAGCUAUGCGCACUGACAAACAAGCUCAUGGUGCGGGUGACCAACUACUUCGACACUCAAAUCCGUAUACCAGUUGUUGGCGACUCAUCCAAGGCCCCGACGACACCGGAUCGCAGGUCCAUCGGCUCGAAUGGGCAGUCCAACUCUGCAUUUCAGAGCCACAUUAAAGCUGGCAGCAAUAAGCCAAUGUCGAACGAGCAACGCAUUAGCUGGUACUCCAAGGUUCUCGAUGGCGUGAAGCAGCGUUAUCGUAAAUUACAGCGACUAGCAAGGGUUUUAACGCAGAGGUUCGGCAAUUCGGCUGAGUACGACCUUGAGGACGUACCUCUAGACCUGUUCAUAUCGCUCCUCGUCGAGACGGAUCACUUUCUUGUCUACACACAGAAUUUCGAAGAGGAUGGCACUUACAUCGUCGCUCCCCAUACGCUUCGGGACCGACCAGAGGACAUCCGCAAGAUUCUCAUGGAGGCGUUCCACGUCAACGAGAUCGACGAGGGGAGUUGGCUUGUGGACGGCGGUGACGCUUUUCAGGAUGACGACGAAGAUUUCUCCUACCUGUUGAUCCUCUCCCCACGCACUCGUUUCCUGUGGAACGGGCUCGUGCUCAUGCUGCAGAUCCCCAAAUUCGAACUCGAUCUCAAGGAUAACCGUGUACGCCUGGUUGCAGAUGGUCCUCAGCAUCGACUGGCUAUGGCUAAGCAACGCUUCGCGGAGCUGUUCACACCCGUCGACGAGGAAGGGGAAUUCCUGGAGCCUUCCCUUCCUCCCUUGACCUGUCUGAUCGACCAGCAGGCCCAUCUCCCAAUGGUCAAUAAAGAACUGCGUAAGAUCAGUCGAGCUAACAACAAGUUAGCGGAGUCCAUUGUAGAAUCUGUGAACUACGUGCGUAAUGCUCUGCACGAUGCCACUGGAUACCAGGAGCUGCUGGAGAACUGGUAUGGCUUUGCAUCCGAGCAUGGUCAACAUGUCCAAAAGCAUAUGGACCGAACGACAAUGCUCAAGUUCAACCGAUUACUCAUUAAGCUGGCUAUCUCUUGGGUCUCCUUCAUCUGCGACGACUGCGAUCCCAAUGACCGAAAAACAUUUCGAUGGGCGGUCACCGCGCUGGAGUUCACAUUGCAUCGUACACGGCGCAACAAUAUUCUACAGCUCCCCGACGAUCAAUUCGAAAUGCUCCGACAGAAGGUCGCGAGCUGCAUGACGUUACUCAUCAGUCACUUCGAUAUCUUGGGUGCUCGGUCGACAAUCGAGGCCAAGCGGGAGAAGGAGCGCCAGGAGGAACUGUUGCGCCAGCAGACGGCGAUUGCAGCGACGGAUGAGGAGGAAGAUCUACACGAUAUUCCACCAGACCAGGACGAUCCCACUGUCGCAUACACGGAUCCCAUCAUCCGUAUGUUCUGGGACAAGGCUAUGCGGGCGUCAUUCGACUUGGAGGAUCAACGCGCACGUUCUGGCAUCGAGCAACAUACCAUUGGUCGCGUUUUGGACGAAGAGAAACUCGUAGAUCGAUCGCUGGUAUUCCUUGCAGCGUCUGCAUCCAACGUCUCGAUCAGGUGGCAGCAAGGCCGCUUCAUCGGUGCAGGGUCCUUUGGAUCUGUAUACCUCGCUGUCAACCUCGAUUCCGGCUCCCUGAUGGCGGUCAAGGAAAUCAAGUUUCAAGAAGUCGCUGGUUUGCCUAAUCUGUAUUCCCAGAUCAAGGACGAGCUGAACGUCAUGGAGAUGUUGCACCACCCAAACAUCGUCGAGUAUUACGGCAUCGAAGUACACCGGGACAAAGUGUUCAUUUUCGAGGAGUACUGUCAAGGAGGAAGUCUCGCCGCUCUUCUAGAACACGGGCGUAUCGAGGACGAGGGCAUACUGCAGAUCUAUACCUUGCAGAUGUUGGAAGGUCUCGCAUAUCUCCACUCAAAGGGAGUUGUCCACCGCGAUAUAAAGCCCGACAAUAUCCUUCUGGACCACAUGGGUGUCAUAAAGUUCGUCGAUUUUGGAGCCGCCAAGAUUCUUGCGAAGAAUCAACGCUCUAUCCAACGUUCCCGUCGAGCGUCCGAUGCUGUCCCAGCCAUAGGUGCCAUAGGUCCUGGUGGUGUGGGCAUUCAGAAUAGUCUGACGGGGACGCCUAUGUACAUGUCCCCGGAAGUCAUUCGGAAUAGCCACCGCGGGAGACAGGGCGCGAUGGACAUCUGGGCCCUGGGCUGUGUAGUCUUGGAGUGUGUUACAGGCAGAAAACCCUGGAGCAACUUGGACAACGAAUGGGCGAUCAUGUUCCACAUCGGAGUCGCGACUCAGCAUCCUCCCCUUCCGGACCCUGGCCAAUUGAGCGAGAUUGGCAUCGACUUCAUUCGUCAAUGUCUAACGAUUGACCCAGUGCAGCGACCGAUGGCCGGGGACCUCAUGGAGCAUCCCUGGAUGCUCGAGUUCAGGGCAGCUCUACAAAGUUACGAAGACUCAGAACUCGCGACGAGUCCGCCGGCUGAGAUGCCGUCCGAGUCGACUUAUGCAUCAGCCUCAGUGGCUCGACAAGCUGCCAUCAUGCAAGAAAAGCAGGUCGAGAUCAUCGCCUCCGCAUCACCUAGUAUGUCUCCGUUGGACACACCCAGUGGUCUCAACAGCGGCAACUUCUCCGACAUCCCUUCCCAGCACCUAUAA